GCGGCUCGCGUGGAGGACUUGGUGUUUAUAGGUGAUCAUAAACUUCUUCCGUCGCUGCAUCCAUUACGGCGUCUGGUUAUUCAUUCCAGGGGUGUAUGGACGUGAUCGUGUGAUUUAAAGUUUUCAGGAAUCUCAUCUUUUGAAUUAUAAUAUAAAGUUUACUGCUUCAAUUGUAGGUUUUUAGUUUUAAUAUAGUUGACUGCUUAUGAGCGUUUUGGACGUUAUUUCAGCUCUGUAAACUAACCGGUCAGUUGGAUUUCUUUUUAAGUACUCGACAACACUUGUGCCAAACGCCUCUUCAAAUUAAACGAUCUAGUAGCUAGCCGGGAAAACAAUUUAAUUAAAUUACGUGUUCCAGCAUGGUGGAGGUAUUUGCAGGGCGAACGCUGUUAAAUAAAGAAGGUGAAUUCAUUGACCCAGAAGAAGCAUUGAGAAACAAGGUAGUCGGUCUGUAUUUUUCGGCUGGCUGGUGUCCACCCUGUCGCGAUUUCACACCUAUUUUGUGUGAUUUCUACACGGAUUUGGUGGAAGAAAACGACUCCCCGGCUCAGUUCGAAAUAGUCUUCAUUUCUUCCGAUAAAUCUGCAGAAGACAUGGUGGAGUACUAUCAUGACUAUCACGGGGACUGGCUUGCCCUACCCUGGAACGAUGAGUAUAAGAAUGACUUGAAAAAAAGGUACAAUAUUACGGCUGUGCCAAAGCUUGUCAUUGUGAAGGAAAAUGGGGAGGUUAUCACGGACAAAGGAAGGAAACAGAUACGGGACAAAGGGCUCACAUGCUUCAAAAGCUGGCUGGAGGUGGCCGAGAUUUUUCAGAACUUUAAAGACUAGCAAAGGUGUUGAGCACACUUUCUCAUGGUAUGUAUAUUCUAUGCAUAAUUAAUAAUCUUUAAACUCUGACAUCCUAUGUAGAGAUUUACCUAUUUUUAAAUUGCUAUAUAUUACAUUUUUUUUUCAUGAAAUAGAUGCCUACUUUUUGUGAUAGACAUUUACUGCUACUUCAAUUUUUAAUGGACUCAUUGAUAUUGUGAGAUGAAGACAUAAGUAAUGUGGAUGAUGAUACACAUGAAGGCCUACUUUAUACUCUUGGUUUUGUAAAUAAUGCAUUCUUGUUGUUAUACAAAUAAAUUUGUGUGCCCGAAAUACGUGUCUUACAUUUUCUCUUGGUACACUUUGUAAAUUUAGUUAUAAGGGCAACUUAAGCACUCAUUUGUAGUAAUUUAGUCUUGUGUAAUUCAGUCUGACUUGGAAAUACUUAAAAAAAAUUGCUUAUCUGGCUUGCAGAAUGUAGAGUAUCAUUUGUUUAGUCGAUUUACUCAAUUUUUUUUCAAAUAUGUUGUUGUUGUUGCAAUGAUCUACUUUUGUUUUUGCAUUGUUCUGGUGUUUUAUAUUUAAUUUCAUGCUGAUUUUGUUCAGUGGUUCAUGGUUCAGGGGCACAUGCUUGUUUUUGUCCUGAAAUCAUCCCCAUGGCUUUGUGUUGUUUGAUUCUAAGGCCCAUUGUUAGGGGGAAUGAUGCACAGAGACUGGGUAAUAAGCUGUUUGUUUUCAACGGAUGGAGUCAAUUAAAUUCUCAGGUGGUCAAUUAUGUACCAAUGAAACCAUAAUAUAAGCUCAGCCCCUUUAAUUUUGUUAAACAGACAUUGAAGGGGAACUGUUUAAAAUAUAAAUAAAAACAGAAUACAAUGGUUUACAAAUCAUAUAAACCCAUAUUUAAUUUAAAAUUGGACAAAGACAACAUACCAAAUGUUGAAACUGAGGUCUUAUUGUUUUUAUGAGAAGUAUAUACUCGAGUUGAAUUUGCAGCAACACAUUUCAAAAAAGUUGGGACGUUUGGGAACUGAGGAGACCAGUUGCUGGAAUUUUGAAAGUGAAACUCCCCAUUCUUGCCUGAUUCAAAGCCUCAACCAUUCAGGGUCUCCUUUGUCAUUUUAUUUUAUUUAUUUUUUUGUUUCAUGAUGUGCCAAAUGUUUUCAAUGGAGGACAGGUCUGGACUGCAGGCAGGCCAGUCUAUCACCCAGACUCUUCCAGUGUGGAGCCAUGUUGUUGCAAUACGCACAGCACGCAGUUUGGUGCUGAAAUAUACCUUCUCUGGAAAAGAUGUUGUCUGGAUGGCAGCAUAUUUGCUCCAAAACCUGUAUAUAUCUUUCAGCAUUAAUGGUGCCUUCCCAGACAUGCAAGUUACCCAAGCGAUGGACAUUAAUUCACCCCCAUACUGGAUCACGGAUACUGUCUGCUGAUAAGCUGUAAGGUCCCUCACCUCUUUAGCUUGGAGGACAUGGCAUCCAUGAUCUCCAAAAAGAAUUUGAAAUUUUAAUUCGUCAAACCACAGGACAAUUUUCCAUUUUGCCUCAGUCUAUCUGAAAUGAGCUCGGACCCCAGAGAUAUUGGCUGUUUUUCUGGAUCGGGGUUAGAUAUGGUUUCUUCUUUGCAUAGUAGAGUUUUAUCCUGCAUCUGUGGAUGCAGCGACGAACCAUGUUCACAGAUAAUGGUUUUCGGAAGUAUUGCUGAAACUGCGCUGCGAUUUUCCCUAUAGAAUCGUGUCUGUUUUUAAUGCAAUGCCACCUGAGAACCCAAAUCGCAGCUGUCCAGUGUUGGUUUUUGGCCUUGAUCCUUGCAUACAGAAAUUUCUCCAGAUUGUCUGAAUCUUUUAAUGUUAUGGCAGAAGGUAGACGGUACAUGCAGAAUGACGGUACAAAUAAAGAGCGAAACCGUCAUUUGUGUGGAAGCACUUCACAUUAAAAGUGAACUAGAAUGCAGUUAUCUGUCAGUAUUGCAAAGCAGAACCUGAAAAUCACCACUGCAACACUGUAAAGCAAAUACACCUUAAAACACACCGACCUUUUUGAAACAGCUAUUUCACAGAUGCUGAGCCAUAUGAAGGGCUACCAGUCUGAAACGCCCUCCUACACUUCAUGUAUAAUAAACAUGUUUUAAGUUUUUUUUUUUUUAAGUCAUUUUAAAAUCUAUAUUAAUGCAAUAAGAUAAAAUUGAAUUGUAGACACUGGUGACUUGUGCUAUUUUUAGUACAGGCCCGCGGGCGAUUCGUGGUCCUUGGGGGCAUCCUGGUGACCCCUGCCUUAAAAGAAGGCACUCAGGUUCGACGGACUCGCUCAAUAAAGAAAGAUUAGAUAUACCAUAGAUACCCUCUCGAAGUAGCCUAGCCCGUCCUUGUUAUCCCUUUGACUUAAUUGAUUUUUUUUAUUGUGAUUCCUACAUGUCAAAAUAAUCGCUGCUCGAAGUUUAACUCGUCACUUAUCCACGCCAUUUUACAUAAUACGGUGCUUAAGCAAGUAACAUUAUUUUUUGUCAACGUGUGUGUUUUGAAUAGCUCUGAACAAGACUAGAAAAAGAUGACAUUGCGAUGUUUAGGAGUUGAAAAUUAACUGAAAAGCCAAAUGUAUGACGUAUCUACCUUUAACUUAUGUACCAACAGAAUCUGUAAAAAAAAAACUUCGUGUUUUCGAGAGCUGUGCUAAGAGACACAAAGCAGUGCCGACAAAUCACUUGCUUUUGCUCACUGUCACUACAAACCGCGACAUAUUUCCAAACAGCGGAACUGGCUUUUCAUGACCAGUUCUUGUUUGCUGUUCUCCUCUUCACUAAUUUUUUCAUUAAUUUCUCAAAAACGCGCCACACAGUCUAUGACUCGAUCUGACAGGAAUGUUGUGAUUGUCUCUGAGAUAGCACGCAGUGCUCAUACAAAUCCCCGGCGGUAAACUUUAGGUUUUUUAAACUUAGACAAUGCUGAAAAGGAACCAGUAUUAAAAUUGCAAAGCUUGCCAAGUUUGGUUUCCUAUAUCUAGGUAAAUGUUUUAGGUCUGUUGAUGGUUUGAACCCAGCAGACUAUCGCGGUCCUUGUCAUGUGACGAUUUAAUGUGCAUGAAAUGUGUAUUUAAUAAUCAUACAAGUCCAAUACAGCGGCGUACUGUGUAGUGUUGUCGCUUGUGUUAACUCUGCAUGUUCAUCCUGUGUAUGGAUGUCUUUACAACAGAUCCGCUGAUUUCUUUAUUAUCCAAAAACAUUAAACUUGAAUUGGAGUGCCUAAACUGACCCAAUAUGUGCCUGAGUGUGCACCCUGCAACGUGUGGUUGGUUCCUGCAUUGCGCCAUUUGCAAUGUAAGUAUUAUAUAAUAACAAUAAUAAUAAUAAUAUAUAUAUGUAAUCGGUAGAUUACGCUAUUAUUAAUAUAAUCGAUAGUGACAGCCUUAGAUAUUAUGUGCCGUAGAUGAUAUUUCCCAAAUUCUUUGUAAUAUUAUGUUGAGGAACAUUAUUCUUACGUUGUUACAUUGUCUUUCUCAAAGUGGUGAACCUCUGCCCAUCUUCACUGCACCGAGACUAUGCCUCUGGGAGGACUUUUUAUACCCCGUCAUCUUACUGACCUGUUGCCAAUUAACCAAAAUAAUGAUAUUCAACCAGGUGUCUUGUUGUAGCAUAACACAACUUUUCCAGUCUUUUGUUGCCUCUGUGGGGUGGCAUGGUGGUGCAGUGGUUAGCACUGUUGCCUCACACCUCUGGGACCCGGGUUCGAGUCUCCGCCUGGGUCACAUGUGUGUGGAGUUUGCAUGUUCUCCCCAUGUUGUUGUGGGGUUUCCUCCAGGUACUCCGGUUUCCCCCCACAGUCCAAAAACAUGCUGAGGCUAAUUGGAGUCGCUAAAUUGCUCAUAGGUGUGCAUGUGUGAGUGAAUGGUGUGUGAGUGUGCCCUGCGAUGGGCUGGCCCCCCGUCCUGGGUUGUUCCCUGCCUCGUGCCCAUUGCUUCCGGGAUAGGCUCCGGACCCCCCGCGACCCAAUAGGAUCAGUGGUUUGGAAAAUGGAUGGAUGGAUGGAUGGAUGUUGCCUCUGUCCCAACUUUUUUUUAAGUGUUACCGGCAUCAAAAUCAAAUCGUGCAUAGGCUAUAUUUGUCUUAAAACAAUACAUUUUUUAGUUUCAACAUUUGAUAUGUCUUUGUUCUAUUUUCAAAUAAAUAUGGGUUUACAUAAUUCGCAGAUAAUUGCAUUCUGUUUUUACAUUUUACACAGCAUGCCAACUUUUCUUGGAAACGGGGUUGUAUUUCAGUUUUGUAUGCUGUACGCUUAAAAUAAAUGAUGAGUCUUAGCAGUGUACGAAAUUAA